UGUGGUCUGGAGGUGAUUUUGGCCCAGCUGGGCUGCUAUGUACCUGCUGAGAGUCUGCGCCUCACUCCCGUGGACCGAGUCUUCACUCGUCUUGGCGCCUCUGAUCGUAUAAUGUCAGGUGAAAGUACGUUCUUUGUGGAGCUGAGCGAGACAGCCAGCAUCCUGCUGCACGCCACCAACCACUCCCUCGUCCUGCUGGAUGAACUGGGCAGAGGUACAGCCACGUAUGACGGCACAGCCAUCGCCAGCGCUGUGGUGCAGGAGCUGUCAGAAAAGAUCUGCUGCCGGACCCUGUUCUCCACUCAUUACCACUCACUGGUGGAGGACCACGUCCAGGACCCCGCUGUCAGACUCGGACACAUG